AUGGCAACACUCCACGGCCCGGCUCAGGUCUUAUUGCGAAGAACAGCGAUCGUCGCACGGCCCCGGAUCCUCGCCACAGCAGUCCCUAGAGCCAGACAGCGCCCGCUGUUCAGGGCCACAAGCACCAGCAUCAAGGCAACAUAUUCCACAGCGCCAUCAGUAAACUCCAAAGCCCCAAAAAUAGACAGAAGCGCCUCCAAACUUUUCAAAACCGCAGACUCAGCCGUCGCAGACCUCCAAAGCGGCUCCUUGAUUCUCAGCUCGGGGUUCGGACUAUGCGGGGUCGCGGAAACCCUGAUCGCAGCCAUCGCGCGUCGAGGCCGCCAAGACCUGCACUCCUUGACGGCGGUGUCUAACAACGCGGGCGUACCUGACAAGGGCGGCCUCGCGACGCUCAUCCAGACGGGCCAGGUCAGCCGGCUGAUUCUGUCCUAUCUGGGGAACAACAAAAUCUUGGAGAAGAAGUAUUUGGAAGGGGAUAUUGCUGUUGAGUUGUGUCCGCAGGGGACGCUGGCGGAGAGGAUACGGUGUGGGGGGGCUGGGAUUCCGGCGUUUUUUACGCCGACUGGUGUUCAUACAUUCCUGCAAGAUGGAAAGAUCCCGGCUCGGCUGGACGAGUCUGGUAAGGUAUUGGAGCAUGGUAGAGUCCGCGAGACGAGGUCCUUCAACGGCAAGGCAUACUUGAUGGAGACGGCUCUCACAGGUGAUGUUGCCAUUCUCCGCGCUUGGAAGGCAGAUGAAGCCGGAAACUGCGUAUUCCGCUACACUACAAAAGCCUUUGGACCCAUCAUGGCCAAGGCAGCCGCCCUGACGAUCGUGGAAGCAGAGAAUAUCGUUCCAGUAGGAUCUAUCAAUGCAAAUGACGUCGAUCUGCCUGGCAUAUUCGUGAACAGGAUCGUUCCUGCGGCCGACGACAAGCACAUUGAGAUCACAAAGCUGCGGUCGGACGACCAAGCGAGCGAGGGUAAAUAUGCUCCGGAGGCUGCGCUGGUGCAGAGGAACCGGAUUGCUCGGAGGGCGGCGAAGGAGCUCAAACAGGGGUAUUAUGUUAAUUUGGGCGUUGGAAUCCCUACCCUUGCGCCGUCUUUCUUGGCUGAAGACGUCAAGGUGUGGGUGCAGUCGGAGAAUGGUAUUCUGGGAAUGGGCUCGUAUCCUACUAAGGACGAAGUUGACCCGGAUAUCAUCAACGCCGGCAAGGAGACCGUCACUCUAGUUCCAGGAGCCUCGAUAUUCGACAGCAGCGAGUCCUUCGGCAUGAUCCGAGGCGGCCAUGUCGACGUCUCCAUCUUAGGCGCCCUCCAAGUCAGCGCCAAAGGCGACCUAGCCAACUACAUGAUCCCCGGCAAAGUCUUCAAAGGCAUGGGCGGCGCCAUGGAUCUAAUCUCCAACCCGGACAAAACCAAGAUCGUAGUAGCCACCAGCCACACAGCCAAGGAUGGGUCUCCCAAGAUCGUGGGGGAGUGCAGCCUGCCCCUGACAGGGGCGAACUGCGUCAGUACCAUUAUUACGGACCUUUGCGUGUUUGAAGUCGACAGGGCACGAGGCCAGCUGACGCUGACGGAACUUGCGCCAGGAGUGAAAGUGGAGGAGGUGCAGGCGAAGACGGGGGCUUCGUUUGUUGUUGCGGCGCAGCUGGGGCUGAUGGAGUAGUUGCUGAUGGUAAGCAGAGCCUCGCGUGG